AUGGAUGAUAACUCCUUUGUUGGUGUUGUUGAUGCUGCUUCUGGAAAUUUAUGUGGUUCAUACUCUAUUCUAGGUACUGGCUCUAAUACUUGGAUAAUUGAUACUGGUCAUUCUGAUCAUAUGACUUAUUAUGCUAAAUUUUUUGAUGAGUUGUCUAGUACCACCCGUGACCCAUACAUAACUAGUGUUAAUGGCUUGCCCUCUCCCAUUACGCGCGAGAGCACAAUCUCUCUCACUCCUACUCUGUCCUUCUCUCGUGCGUUACUCGUUCCUAAUAUCCAUUGUAACUACUUGUCUGUUGGUCGAUUACUUGAUACACUUAAUACUUCUGCAAUUUUCUAUCCUACAUAUUGCUCUUUUCAGAGAGACGAUUGGACAUGGUAA